UCUGCGCGCCUUGUGUGGUAACACGCUCCGCCGCUGCCACGCUAUUUAAACGCGGGUUAUGGAUCCGGGAACCGGCGCGAAUCAAUGAGAUCAAACGCGAGGGAGAUGCACCGUCAAUUACAAGCACUUGGACAAGUCUAACUUUUUCUUCUUUUACAAAUGCGCUUUCCAAAGCAACCUUAGCAACGCCCAUAUAAGAAGCCACCUCUAAGCAAAAUAGUAUAUAUCAAGGGAGGGCUAAUCUAUGUAUUUAUAAAAAGUAUAUAUAUAAAUAUAGGAGUACAGGUUUACACCCGGUGAACUUUUUCUUUUUCUGUCUUCUUUCUUUUCUUUUCUUUUUUUUUUUUUUAAACGAGUGGCAUUGCAAAGGAGGACUCUUCCUCUCUCUUUUUUGGCUAGUUAGUGAAGGGGGUAUUCUUUUAUUUUUUCUUAGAGCGCCCAAGGGGGCGCAGGGACCUCGGAGAGGAGUGGGGAGGAAAGAGGUAGGGUGGGUGGGGGGCAGAGGGCGAGUCCGCAGCGAGGGCAGGCGCUUUCCUGCGGCGCGAUGCCGUCCCUACUGGUCCUCACUUUCUCCGCGUGCGUCCUGCUCGGCUGGGCGUUACUGGCCGACUGCACUGGUGGCGGCGGCGGCGGGGGCGCGGGCCCGGGCGGUGGGCGCCGAGAGAGAGAGGCGCUGCCGCCGCAGAAGAUCGAGGUUCUGGUGUUGUUGCCCCAGGACGACUCUUACCUGUUCUCCCUGGCUCGGGUGCGACCGGCCAUCGAGUACGCGCUGCGCAGCGUGGAGGGCAAUGCGACCGGGCGGCGGCUCCUGCCAGCCGGCACUCGCUUCCAGGUGGCCUACGAAGACUCGGACUGCGGCAACCGCGCGCUCUUCAGCUUGGUGGACCGCGUGGCGGCGGCGCGGGGAGCCAAGCCGGAUCUCAUCCUGGGGCCGGUGUGCGAGUACGCGGCGGCGCCGGUGGCCCGGCUAGCGUCGCACUGGGACCUCCCCAUGCUGUCUGCCGGGGCCCUGGCCGCCGGCUUCCAGCGUAAGGACACGGAGUACUCGCACCUUACGCGCGUGGCACCCUCGUACGCCAAGAUGGGCGAGAUGAUGCUCGCCCUGUUCCGCCACCACCAGUGGAGCCGCGCCGUGCUGGUCUACAGCGACGACAAGCUGGAGCGGAACUGCUUCUUUACCCUCGAGGGGGUCCAUGAGGUCUUCCAGGAGGAAGGCUUGCACACGUCAGCCUACAAUUUCGAUGAGACCAAAGACUUGGAUCUGGAGGACAUCGUGCGCCACAUCCAGGCCAGUGAGCGAGUGGUGAUCAUGUGUGCGAGCAGCGACACCAUCCGGGGGAUCAUGCUGGCGGCGCACAGGCACGGAAUGACCAGCGGGGACUACGCUUUCUUCAACAUUGAACUCUUCAACAGCUCCUUCUACGGAGAUGGCUCGUGGAAGAGAGGAGACAAACACGACUUUGAAGCUAAGCAAGCGUACUCAUCCCUCCAAACAAUCACUCUACUGAGGACAGUGAAACCUGAGUUUGAGAAGUUUUCCAUGGAGGUGAAAAGUUCUGUUGAGAAGCAAGGGCUCAGUGAGGAGGAUUACGUGAACAUGUUUGUUGAAGGAUUCCAUGAUGCCAUCCUCCUCUACGUCCUGGCUUUACGUGAAGUACUCAGAGCUGGUUAUAGUAAGAAGGAUGGAGGGAAAAUUAUCCAGCAGACUUGGAACCGAACAUUUGAAGGUAUUGCUGGGCAGGUGUCCAUAGAUGCCAACGGAGACCGGUAUGGGGAUUUCUCUGUGAUUGCCAUGACGGACACAGAAGCGGGCACCCAGGAGGUUAUUGGUGAUUACUUUGGAAAAGAAGGUCGUUUUGAAAUGCGGCCAAAUGUCAAAUAUCCUUGGGGACCUUUAAAACUGAGAAUAGAUGAAACCAGAAUGGUGGAACACACGAACAGCUCUCCUUGCAAAGCAUGUGGCCUAGAAGAAUCAGCAGUGACAGGAAUCGUUGUGGGGGCCUUACUAGGAGCUGGUUUGCUAAUGGCCUUCUACUUCUUCAGGAAGAAAUACAGAAUAACCAUUGAGAGGCGAAACCAGCAAGAAGAAAGCAACGUUGGAAAACAUCGGGAGUUACGGGAAGAUUCCAUCAGAUCCCACUUUUCGGUGGCUUAAAAGGAAGCCUGUUCUUUUGGCUUGAGAUUCUUUAAGGAGAUAGAUGGGAUGAAAGACAUCAAUGGAACAGAAGGGGCGCUCUUGAAAAACUCAUUCUUUUAAGCAGUUAGUCAUUUUGUUAUAAAAUUUCUUUAGAAGCUCAGGAACUAUUAUUAAUCACCAUAUGCCUGCUGGCCUCUCAUCUCAUGACAAACAAAUACAAGAAUAUAGCAUCACUGCUAAAUGUUGAUACUGUUUCAAGGGCAUAUGAUUAGAUUUAUGUUCUGAAAGUCUGAGGUCUCCAUAUCUUGAUGGCGUUUGGGGGCAUUUUACACAAGGUUAUAAAAUGUGUUUUACUUAAGUGAGAUGUUUUAUAGCUAGAAUAAAAUCAUUUUUACAAGUAGGAUAUUAUUGAAAAGAAUUUAACCCCAAGAAGAAGAAAAUGUCACGAAAAACCUCAAGGUUGGAAAUGCAUCAUUCCUCUCUCUAGGGCUAGUGGAGGGAUCGGAGGUCAAGGACUGCUCUAUCUGAUGUAUGCAUUCAGGUCCUGACUUUAUCUUGAAAAAUAGUUUCCCCCACCUCUUUCAGUGUCUUGUAACAGCUACUCUGAAAAGUUGUAACUAUGAAUGAAAUAAGAGGAUUUAUGCAGAAAAAGCAAAUCUAAAAUAUUUCAUUUUUUUAAAAUAGAAAAAAGCCCUAUUUCACACUAACAUUUUAUUUUUCAAGUAUUUUAAUCUUAUAUUUUGCUAUUAGAAAAUGUGUCUAUUUUUUCAUUUUGAAGAUUAAAUUUCACUUAUAUUUUAAAAACAUGGGUAAUGUGUAUAGCAAACCAAUAAUGAUGAAAGAUGCCUCUCUUUUUUUCUCCUUGUUUCCCUCUUCCCUGUGGCCAUAGCCCAAUAUGAAUUGCUGCUUUAACUACAGAGAUCUAGAAAUGUAUUCAGAUUGUAGACUCUACAGGAAAACAUCAAUUUACUUGUUUUAAAUGCAAGCUAUUUUAGGGAUAGUCUCCUUCCAGUUCUGGCCAAAUGACGAGUAUCAGGAUCAAGGAUGAAAUUUAUUAGAAUUAAAUCAGAUUUUAUAAAGGGAGGCAGCCUUUUUUUUCUCAAGAAGAACUUUAUAGAGAGUUAGAACUUGGCAGUAAACAUAGAAAUGAUAAUUUAAUUAAUGACAUUUUACCAAAAUUGACAAUUAUGAUUUUGGUUAAAAGAGGGAAUCUAAACAGCGACUAUGUUCCCUUUUAGUAAACUCCACAGAACUUUGCAGUCAUCUACUAAUAACUUGUGUAACAGGGGUUGGGUAUGGAUAUCAGGAAUUGGGCAAGGUUGAAUAAGUACUUACCAUAUCUCAACUUUGCACGUAGUACUCUGUGUAUAGGUUUAAGCUUAGGUUGCCACUUUUAUGUAUAAUUUGUGGAGAAAACAGACAGUGAGGGAAGAAUGGGAAGUUGCCAGAUCAGUGUACUAUCUUAUAAUGAUGUCAUGAAGGUCUUUCCUCAAUAAUGUUUUGAGCAUCUGGAAAAUAGUGUUAAAGAUUAUCUUAAUGUUACCAUCUAACAGGAGGAAAAUAGGACAGUUUAAGAAAAUAAGGGGAUAUAGAAAUUGGAGCCAUUGCUAGGUAGUGAUGGAAGUUGUGGUUUACUUUGGUAAUGGAGGUGGAGGUGGGGCAUGUGAGAACUGCGUGUCCUGGAAGUUGGCCUGAGCUUGCUUCCCUGGGGGCGUCCGUCUCUUCUAUUUCAGCUAGUCACAGUGAAUGGAUUAUUUCCGUGUAAGGCACAUUUCCCCUAUAUUGUUUAAAAAUGGAAUUCAUGCAGCUGGAGAACAUGAUAAAAGGAUGAACUCUGAUCAACUGAAAGAGCUAUGUUGUAGCUCUCCAUGCUGAGUGCAGUGGAAAAAGUGCUGAGAUCAAAACAGGAGGGAAAAAGAAGGCAAGAGAGGCCAGCUCCAGAAAUUCUAACAUAGGAAGAGAGCUUGGGAAGUGAAAUCCAGGAAAGCAAAGUGUGUAACAUCUCAGGACUGCUCAGCAUGGGAACAGAAUGGAAGGGUUGCAUUUGUCUUAUUUUUGUGAAUUGAGUUUAUUUCUCUCUAUUUUUAUUUUUCAGUGGUAUUUUCCAUAUAUUUUAGAAGUACUCAUUUUCCAUUAUCUUGUGUUUGUAAAAAAACAUUUAAAUUUGAGCCUAUGUACUUAUUACAGGGAAAAAAAUGCUCUACCUGGUUGCAGUCUUUGGGUGGAAACAUUUGUAACCUUUCUAGAAUUUUUAUAGAGGGUGAUUAAUAUUUUUUUAUUUUUUAAAUUAUGAAAGCAUGAUAACA